GAGAGAACAAACAAGACCGCCUUUCUUCGCUGAUGCUCAGCCGCAACUUUUGGGAGUUGAAAGUGGUUGUUUAAGCUGUCGCUGUGAGCAGGUUGUCGUGCACCAUCAACAAUUACUUUUCAUUUACUUCCUUGCCGCACUCUUGCAGCCUACCUACUCGCUUACACUUCUCUUCUGGGCCGGCUACAUUGACAGAGCGGAACAAUGUCCGUUCCAAGAUCGGAAUAUCUCAGCAACGUCUGGGCCAACGACAUCUUCGCCAACCGCGUGUUGUUCAUCACAGGCGGCGCCGGCACCAUUGGCAGCGCCCAGACGAGGGCGCUGGUGCACCUCGGCGCCGAUGCCUGCAUCAUCGGGCGCAGCGUCGAGAAGACCGAGGCCGCGGCCAAAGAGAUCGCAAAGGUCCGCGAUGGCGCGAGGGUGCUCGGCAUCGGCGGGGUUGACGUCCGGAAUUUUGACACCCUCAAAGCGGCUACAGAUCGCUGCGUAAACGAGCUGGGAGCCAUCGACUAUGUCAUCGCCGGCGCAGCAGGCAACUUUGUCGCCCCCAUCUCCGGCCUGAGCCCCAACGCCUUCAAGACCGUCCUUGACAUCGACACAGUCGGCACCUUCAACACCAUAAAAGCCACCAUCCCCCACCUCAUCGCCUCCGCCGCCCGCAACCCCAACCCCAACCCCAACCACUCCCACCAAACCGGCGGCCGCUUCCUCGCCGUGUCGGCAACCUUCCACUACACGGGCAUGCCCCUGCAGUCGCACGUCUCGGCUGCCAAGUCGGCCAUCGAGUCCUUGACGGCCUCGCUAGCGCUCGAGUACGGGCCCCUGGGCGUGACGGCCAACUGCGUCUCGCCGGGCGCCAUCGAGGGCACCGAGGGCAUGGAGCGGCUGGCGAGCAGCCUCGUUGGUCGCCGGGAACGGAGCAAGGCGGUCCCCAGCGGGCGGUGGGGCACGGUGCGCGACAUUGCCGACGCGACCGUCUUUUUGUUGAGCGACGCGGGGAACUACGUCAACGGGACGACGCUGGUUGUCGACGGGGCCGGGUGGAGGAGGCAGGGGGCUGUUUCGGUCGGUUUGGAUCCGGGGAUGGUGUAUCCGGAUUUCCUGGUCAAGGGGGAGGUGAGCAGAAACUUGAAAGAUGGGAGGAAGAAGGCGAAGUUGUGAGCCAGGGGGUUGCCGUGAGAAUCAGGGGGUUGUUCGAGCUGAUGUUUAAUUGGGAACAUGCGGAAGGGGGUCAACUAGCAUUUAGGUGUAUAGUGGAGGGCGUUGUAUACCAAGCAGGCAUGUAUCGCAUCACCCAUUGUAUCAAGCAUUGUUUUUCACACACAAACCUCCGCCUCCUCCCCCCCGGCUCCUCCCCCGCCCCUUUUCUCCUUUCGGGCUGACACGAUAGGAGUAAAACAGAUGUACAUGGGUCGUA